UAGGAUUGAUUGGGAUGGUCUUCUACUUGCAUUGUCUGAAUUUGAUUUAAAUAACUAUUUAAUGUCUAAUGAUGUGGAACUUCAAAGCUCAGUUUUGAGUAGUUUGAUUAAUUCUCUUUAUAAUUUUGUUCCUGUGGUGAGAAGGAGAAUUCGGCAGGAUGAUAAUAGUUGGAUGAAUUCAAGAGACAUUUUGCUUGCUACAUCAUUGAGAAAUUUGGCUUAUUCAGCUUUUCUUUCUGAUAAGUCUACCUUUAAUUGGAAUGUCUACUGUAGGUAUCGAAACAGGGCGAAGAAUGUUAUUCGUAGGGAAAAAAGGAGAUUCUACACUAGUUUAUUCUCUGGUCUUGAUGGACCUGGUUUGUGGAGGGUUUUGAAAGGGUCUGGAGUCAUGGGGAGUAACGAGCGGGUAUGCGAUUUAAAUGUAGAUGAUAUCAACAAUUACUUUGUUAAUGUUAUUCCUUCUAGUAAUAAUGACAUUAAUUUCGAUUUUGGUUCUUUUGAAAAUGUUGAUGGAUCAUUCUCGUUUAGAUGUGUGAGUGAAUAUGAGUUUUAUGAGGCGGUUUGUAGGGUCAAGUCUAGAUCUGUUGGUGUAGAUUUGAUUCCUAUUCGUUUUUUUAAAACUAUUUAUCCUUACAUAUCCCGCAUUAUUACUCAUCAUGUUAAUACAAUAUUAACUACCUCAGUUUUUCCUUCAGCAUGGAAGACAGCUCGUGUUGUGCCAAUACCUAAAUCCGGAAAUGGUAGAGGAUUUGAAGAUUUGAGACCAAUUUCUAUUCUUCCUUCUUUAUCUAAAGCAGUGGAGCAUAUCAUGAAAGAUCAGAUACUCUCAUUUACUAAUGAACGCAUUGUUGGUUCACAAUAUGCUUUUCGUCGUGGCCAUAAUACAACAUCUCUUUUGCUUAACAUGACUGAUUUUUGGCACUUAUUUCUCUUGAUUUGGCUAAGGCUUUCAAUUCUGUGA